AUGGGGGACAAACUCCUUUUUCAUAAUGAUUAUCGCACGUUUUCAGCUGUCGUUGAUGUCCCUGGCUUACUCAACAAAAUAGACAGUGAACAUGAUUUCUUAAGUAAUGAAGUUAUCCAUUUACUUACCACAAAAACAAAACAAGAACUGAGAGUGGACCUUCAGAACUUUUCAGGCAAAAAAGCAUUUGCCAAAUAUUCGACAUUUUCCAUUGGAAGCGAAUCACAGAAAUAUAAGUUGAAAGCUGGUGGUUACAGUGGAACUGCAGGAAACAGCUUAGAAUAUCACAAUGGGAGAAAUUUUUCCACGAAAGACCAGGACAAUGAUUCGUCUGGUAAAUCCUGUGCUAUUAUAAGAAAUGCUGCGUGGUGGUUUGGAUCUUGUGAUAACUCUGACCUUAACGGCCCAUACCACAAGUCUGCUGUCAAAACGUGGGCCAGCGUUCUUUGGUACAAGUUUGGCAACGAAGAGCGUUCCAUGAAGUUUGCAAGAAUGAUGAUCAGACCCAAAAGUUAGAAAAGACCAA